GUGGUGCUGACAUGCGCCGUCAAACGGGGCAGCGCGGGACCACACACCUUGUCGUGGUUGAGGGACGCCGUCCCGCUCGUCCCAAGGCCUCGCGUGAGCGUCAGUCGGCCGUCCGACGUCAUGUCCAUACUGGCCUUCGAGAACGUCCAGCCGGAGGACGUGGCCAACUACACCUGCGUCGCGGCCAACGCGCACGGACAGCACAGCAUGACCGCCGCACUGCUCGUCACAGCUGCCCCAGUCUGGUCUGCGGAACCCAGUGACGCCGAAGCUAUCCAAGGGAAGAACCUGUACCUGCCAUGCGGAGCCGUGGGAUACCCCAAGCCCAGCGUGGUCUGGAAGAUACAGCUAGGUAACCGCGAGUUGGUGCCUCUGCACCCCGUGGGCCGGCAGCGCAUCCUCGACAACGGCACGCUCGUGGUGGCGGCCGUGGAGACGCAGGACGCCGGCGUGUACCGAUGCGAAGUCGGCAACGGCAUCGAACCCUCGCUCGGGAAGACGGUCACCGUCUCCGUCCACGUGCCUCCCGCCAUCGCCAAGGGCUCCACGGAGGUGUCCGUGAAGCGAGGGGACAUUGCCAAGAUCGCCUGCGACGUCACCGGAGAGCUCCCGCUGGUGGUGACCUGGGAGAAAGACGACAGCCCGCUCAUACCUUCCACCGAGAGGUACGAGACUCACGAAGAAGUGACCCCGACUGGCGUCCAGUCUGUGCUGGUGAUCCACAACACCGUGAAGAAGGACGCCUCGCAGUACGUGUGCAUUGCCAAAAACGACUACGGGAAGACCAGGGACGUCUUCAAGCUGGCCGUACUCGAGCCACCGGAGAGCCCCACCAACGUGGCGGUAACCGAGCGAGGCAGCCGCCACGUGCAGAUGAAGUGGUCGCAGUCGAGCAAGACGGUGACCCGCUACCUGGUGCGCUACUGGAAGAAGUCGGGCAAGGGCAGCGUUCUCCAGGAACGCGAAGUGGACGGACUGCGUCCCAGCCUGACGGUGACGAAGCUGCAUCCGGGAACCGAGUACACGGCCGUUGUCCUCGCGGAGAACUCGGUCGGAUUCGGCGAGCCCUCAGACCCGGUGCACUUCACCACAUCCUCCGAAGAACCUGGCGCGCCUCCAAUGAACGUUAAGUGCGAGGCCCUUGACACCAAGACGAUCAAGGUCAUCUGGGAGGCACCGCCAGCGGACAAGCUGAACGGCGAGCUCCGCGGCUACUCGGUCAGCUACCGCCUGGAAGGAACGCCCUUCAGCCACGAGACGGUCAACCGGAACGCCAAGCAAAAGGUGUUCACCGGCCUGCAGGCGGCCUCGGUCUACACGUUCUCGGUGAAGGCCUUCAACGACGUCGACUCGGGACCGGCCUCCGAGGAAGUCUCCUGCACUACGCUCAACGGAGACCCACCUGCCGUACCGAGCCUGCGAGUGACCGGAAUAACUUCGUCCUCCGUAAGCCUCAACUGGAACACUCUGCAGAACCCGGCCUCGCCUGUCAUCCAGUACCUGGUGCAGUACGGCACGGACGAGGAGGACAAGGCGGACCUGCACAUUCCGGGAAACAAGGACACCGUGACGCUGAGGGACCUGCGGGCCGGGACACGCUACAACUUCCGGCUGGCCGCGUACAACAUGUACGGCCGAGGAGACUUCUCGCACAACCUGCCCGCCGUCACGCACCUCUCCGACGGCCGGUCGCUGCAGGUGACGACCGAGAGUGAAGUGCCCUUCUACUACCGCACCUACUUCGUGGUGCCCGUGGCCGCCUCCUUCACCGUCAUCAUCACCGCCGUGGUCAUCGCCUGGGCGUGCCUCAAGAGGGCCACCAUCAUACAGAAGAACGCAUACCUGCAAGUGUACGGUUCCUCCGAAUACUAUGGCGACUGCAAGCUACCCCCAGGCACCCCCUUGGUGAGCCAGUACGCCCGCGGUUCGUACGCGCCCACCAUGGAGCACGGCCGCAACAGCCAGAACACGGAGGAGGCCUACGACAUCCCCUGGGACGGGCCGCCCACACGCACUGGAAUGAUCAACGACGGCAUCGGCAGUUACGCUAGGCUCAAGACGCAAGGAAAGCGCAAUCUCGUGUAAAUCCCUACCGGGAGGACACCCACGGGCAGCUAUCGAAGCACACACAGAGCCCGGCUUCACUGCUGCACAUCGUCGAGUCGAGCGACUACGACGGGCGUUCUUUUUUUUUUUUUUUUUUUGCGCAUGAGUUUCUUACAGGCUCUCUCAAAAGUGGGCUGGCUAUUCUGCCUGCGACCGCCAAGCUGACUGCAGGUUGUUUAACAAAGUGGCAUGUCACGAGUUUAUGCCGCCGCGCAGGUUGAGAAACUUGGAAACUUGCUCAGUCAUUACCGCUGCAUGCUUCCGUUGGUGGUAGUAUCAGAUUUGUUCCAUCACAUAUCACAGCAAAGCGACAGAGCAGUCAGCACAAUUUUCACAUAGUCUGUAUGCAUUGCACGUGGAAGUACCUGGAUUGUGUGUUAAGCGUUAAUUUCUUUUUGUGUUAAUGUUUUCUUUCUGCGCAUUUGUUUCGUUCUCAGCAUCGUAGUUAUGCUCUAUUUGUAAGAUAUUGCAUGAACUGGUCACUGGACUCAAACUGUUCCGUGUUCCCGCAACUGUGUCGUGAAAGCAGACUGCUUGUCCCCUGUGUUAUCGCAAGUUUCGUUCUGGUCAGCGACAUAUCCUUCUACUUAGCGAUCAUAGUAUUCAGAAAUUGUGAUAUCUUUAACGCGCAAUCCAGGUCCGCUGUGUAAUUCGAUUUUUAAUUUUUUUGUGUGACUCGUGCUUAUUCCGGUUUUCAGAAUGCCGAGGUAAGUAUUUCAAGCAUGCCCCUAGGAAAGGGGUUCAGUCGUUCUUUUUGCGGCAUAAACUUUCGAUGGAACGCGCGAUUGUGUCGUAUCCUCCGACAUCCGGGGCGUGUCGCGAAUCUCGGGGGCGAUGACAGGAACUCGUACACUCUGGUGAGAGGUGGAGUUACUUUACAUACUUCCCUACGAGAGAUAGGGCAACUUACGCAGUAACUGUAGAGGGGCGUGCGAGACAGCAUCACCUGGUUCUGUUUUGUGACGUUAUACCUUGAUGACUUCUAGAAAAAACAUGUGCUUCAAAAACGGGUUGGAACCUGGAUGCUUUCGUUGAGCGUUUCUUGUCAUGUGCCACAAUCCCACGUUCCAUCGACUCGCUUCAGCCUCGAAUAUUGUACGAGUUCAGUGAAUUCGCACUUGAACGCUCAACACAUUUUAGUCAUCAAUCAACUCGGUAACGUGGCUGGUCUACGUUAGACAGUGAAUGCUACCUUGAUUUUAAGUUACGUUGAGAUGUGUCUUAGGCCUAAGCUAACUAGUCUUAGGCUUAACCUAAAGCAUUAAGUCAAGUCUGGGCUCUGCUGCAGCCCUCAGAUUCCACGAGUGUGUUUCCCGUGUCAAGAGUGCAGCGGAACUGAGCGAGUCGUGUUGCAACGGCGCGUGUGUGUUGACUAAAACAAAAUCAUGAAUCCCAAUCAUACUAACCGUCAUUAUGACUGUCACACCCUGUCAUAUAUUCAAAAUGGCUUAAUAGAUUUUCGUAAAUAUGCUUCAGGAGCAGCUAAGUGGCAUUUGUGUGUGUUGUACGUUGAUUGUGGACUACACGGAAUGCAUGAUAGGAAUUUUCUAGUGCUUCGGUUGUGUGGAACGUGAUAAAGCGACGCUUACGUUCACUGUACUGUAGAAACACGUGUAGAUAGGUUUCAGAACUGUUAUCACGGAAAUGCCUCUGCUAUCUCAAAAAAGAGCCUAAAGCUGUUCGCCAGGGGUACAUCGACAAUUUAAUGUUGCCAUAAAAAAUAAUCCGAUAUUGACAAAUCUGAUAUACGAGGUUAGUGACAACUCGACUUCGUAACGUUUAUUCUGCUGUCUGUAACAAAAUUCAUCAUGCCUAAAGUAAUUUUCUCCGAUAUACAACCAAACGGUUUCAUCGUAAACGGUGACCUAUAGUCUAAAAAUACAAAGUAACUGACAUGGACGAUAGCGACAACAGUUCUGAUAACAUACGGGCGCAGCAAUGUGGAGGUGCUACAACAGUAUGUUAACAGCCAAGUUUCCUUUAUACGGUCUUACGCUGCUUUAUUUACAGCCUAUAACUACUUAACAUUGUACGUGUAGAGCAGUAUUUACUGAAAUGUGCCGUAUGCCAUUUCGAUAGAAUUCCAUGCUACGUUUUCUUAAAUUUACGGAAAGUUAUGGGAAAUAUACGGAUUGAGUCGUAACUUUCAUACAGAAAUAAAUGAAAAUAAGUGGACUCUAUAUGGAUGUCACACGAAUGGAAUGGAAUGAAAAAACUUUAUUUCAGUCCUGCAGAACGUGCUUAGCGCGUAGCGGGCAUCUCCCACGUAGGGAGCGACAGGGAGAACCUGGCGGCCGUUUCGUGGGCCUGCUGGACGGCCCAUUGCUGGUCGGCGAGAAGUGAGCUCCUGAGGGAUACGAACACAUGUGGAAUUAUUGAUAUGGUAUACGGAACGUUUCGAUAGUUUUACGCACCCUACGUAUGCUGUCUCAGCAGUGAAUCGUGUAGCUGCAGGCUCAAUUUUAAACAGUGUACUUCGCACCACCCUAGGAUGUCUUACGGUGCAACAAAACCAGCAUGUAAAUACCGCGUAUCGCACUGUUGUCACAAAUCAUCGCCACCAUGCCCAGAGGACAACGCUUGUUUCCACCAGCCGCUCUGUAUAGCGUGCGGUCUACUUUGUAUAAUUGCUGUUGUCCAAAGUUUGCACCCUUUUAAUCGAUGAAAACGGAUUCGUAAAAUAGCGCGAUUUUUCUCGCGUGUGGCUAGGAAAAGGCAAAAAGCAACUCUAAGAGCAUGAAGUUUUCAUUCAACACUGUGAAUCGCCGAAUCUCAGGUGUUUUGAUGUCUCUUUGCGUAAUCGUGAUGCUCGCCGACGUGCGAGAAAUUGUGACGUAUUUAUGUUGUUAAGUGUGUAAAUAUUAUAUGGAUUUUUGUUGCAGUUUUAUAGUUGUUUGUGAACGUGUAUCUCGAAGAACAAUAAAAGAACGUUCUCCUUCUAGACAGCGCUGUUCUCGCGAUUGCUUCAUACAUCGGUAUUCUAUCACGUGAUAUUCACGUAGGCAUGCACAGACACGGGCAUCAGUAAUGAUGCGCUGGUCCGCCCCGCCAAAUCAGCUGGGACACAGUGCUGAAUUAAAGUAUGAACGUGUGCAGAAUGUCUCAACUAACGUUGGCGGAUAUAAAAAAUAAGAACAAUAAAAAGAACAUGCACAUUGGUAA